AUGCCUGUAUCAACACGAUCUUCCGAUGCAGCUUCAAAAGCUGAAGAAGUAGCUCACGAAUCUUCUCAAUUACUUCAAGGACAAGUACCCAACAGUGAAUUGGCGAUGGGACAUCCCAUUCAUCCGGCAACUGUGCACUGGCCAAUCGCAUUUUUGACUGCGGCAUUUUCUAUAUCAUCACUGGAUCUAGUCCCUUCAUCACUUUAUCCAAGUUCAAUCUUACCUGCUCCAUCUACCCUGUCGGUGCUAGGAUUCUACGCCGCCGGUGCAGGUGUUCUCACCGCUGUUCCAGCCAUCAUCACAGGAGUAGGAGAAGCAUAUGAAUUGAUCCGAAAGGAAUAUAAAGAGAAAGGAGAUUGGUCAAAAGUUGUCGAUUCAGCUUGGAAUAUGAAAGAUACAGGUGGAAGAAAAGUUAAAAUGACGAUCAAACAUGCCAGUAUGAACGAUAUGGUAGUAGCGUUGGCUGGUUACAACUGGUAUAGAGGAUACUAUUAUCCAGGUGAACCUUUACCUACCACCACUACUGUCCUCAAUGCCAUCGCUCUUCCUGCCCUUCUCUAUUCCGCGAUGUUAGGAGGUCGAUUAGUUUACGAGUACGCUAUGGGUAUUCAAAGACAAGGUUCAGGUAAAGAGGUCAAGAAGGAAAUGCAGAAGGAAUUGUAA